CACCAGCAUUGAACCAUGUCAAAGGUCAGCGUUGCCACGGUUCGCUCUAAUGUCGAGCAAAUCCUAAAGGGAUCUCAGGAAAAGAGACGCCAUUUCACUGAGACCGUCGAGCUUCAAAUCGGUUUGAAGAACUACGACCCUCAACGUGAUAAGCGUUUCUCUGGUACCAUCAAGUUGCCCAAUGUCCCUCGCCCUAACAUGGCUCUCUGCAUUCUUGGUGAUGCCCACGAUUUGGACCGUGCUAAGCAUGGCGGUGUUGAUGCUAUGUCGGUCGACGAUUUGAAGAAGCUUAACAAAAACAAGAAGCUUGUUAAGAAGUUGGCUAAGAAGUACGAUGCCUUCGUUGCUUCUGAAGUCCUUAUCAAGCAAAUUCCUCGUUUGUUAGGUCCCGGUCUUUCUAAGGCUGGUAAGUUCCCCACCCCUGUCUCUCACAACGAUGAUCUUUACGGUAAGAUUGUUGAAGUUAAGUCUACCAUCAAGUUCCAAUUAAAGAAGGUCCUUUGCCUUGGUGUUGCCGUUGGUCACGUUGAGAUGUCUCAAGACCAAUUGAUAUCCAACAUCAUGCUUGCCGUCAACUUCUUGGUCUCUUUGCUUAAGAAGGGCUGGCAAAACAUUGGCUCCUUGGUCGUCAAGUCUACCAUGGGUAAGCCUUUCAGACUCUACUAAAAAAAGGCAUGUGGGGUUGGUGUUUCACUUUCUAGUAUAAUUUUCUUACAUGCAAUCAAUUUCACUUGAUUCAAAAUCAAAUGUUUCUAUAAGUAUCCGUCUGCGUUUAGCUAUCAAUAGAACAGUACAUUUGUAGCAAACUUCCAAAUUUCCC